AUGGUACAGACUGGAAAUGUGACAGAAUUCAUUUUUCUAGGACUCUCUCAUAAUCUAAAGAUUCAGAGAAUUUGCUUUAUACUAUUUUUGUUCUUGUAUGUGAGUAUUGUGUUGGGGAAUUCUCUCAUUGUGUUGAUUGUCAAUUUCAGCAAGAAUCUCGAUUCCCCCAUGUAUUUCCUUCUCAGCCACUUCUCUUUUGUGGAGAUCUGUUAUUCCUCAACUACUUCCCCAAAACUCAUUGUAGAUUUACUUGCUGAGAGGAAAUCCAUCUCUCUAGAGGGCUGCCUCACCCAAGUGUUCUUUAUCCAUUUAUUUGGUGGCAUUGAGAUGUUUGUUCUCAUAAUAAUGGCUUAUGAUCGAUACUUGGCCAUCUGUAAACCUCUACACUACACGUCCAUUAUGAACCCUUGGAUUUGUAGCCUCCUGGUUGGCACGGCCUGGUUGGGAGGCUUUUUACACUCAACUGCCCAAAUUCUCCUUAUAUUUAACUUACCCUUCUGUGACUCUAAUGUGAUUGACCAUUAUUUCUGUGAUGUUCUCCCUCUGUUGGAACUGGCUUGCACGGACACCUUCUUCAUUGGGUUGCGUAUUGUGGCUAAUGGAGGGAGCCUGACAGUGGUCAGCUUCAUAAUUCUCCUGAGCUCUUACAGUGUGAUCUUGUUCCACCUAAGGGGGCACAGUAAGGAAGGACGCAGAAAGGCCCUCUCCACGUGUGCUUCCCAUAUCACUGUAGUCGUCUUGUUCUUUGGACCCUGUGUCUUCAUCUACCUGAGGCCUAACACCACUUGCUACAUGGACAAAAUGGUGGCCAUAUUCUACACAGUGAUCACUCCCCUCCUCAACCCAGUCAUCUAUUCUUUGAGGAAUGCUGAAGUGAAGAAUGCCAUGAGGAAGCUGUGGGUCAGGAUGGUGAAACAAGGAAUGGGAGACCCUUGA